CCAUCUCCUCAUUUCCCCUCUUCCUCCCUCUCUCUCUCUCUCUCUAUAUCUUUGUCAGCAAGCAUCUACUAUUAGUUACCACCACCACUACCACUCUUCCUUUCUCCACCUUUAUAUUCUUUCUCCCAUUUCCAUUCACCCAACUCAGAAAAAAAAAGGAAGGAAAAAAACCCCAUCAGAAAAAAUGGCCGCAACAACUCGCACCCUCCCCAUUCUCCUACUCUCACUCCUACUACUCGCCUCCGGCGGCGCGUCAACCCCAAUCGACACCUUCCUCUUCGGCGGGUGCUCGCAGCUCAAGUACACCCCGGGUUCACCCUACGAGUCAAGCCUCAACUCGCUACUCACCUCGCUCGUCAACUCCGCCCCUUUCUCCCUCUACAACAACUUCACCUCCCAAUCCCUCCCUCCCUACUCCUCCUCCACCGCCGCCCCGACCCUCUACGGCCUCUACCAGUGCCGCGGCGACCUCACGCCGCCCGACUGCCGCUCCUGCGUCGCCAGGGCCGUCACCCAGCUGGCCACCCUCUGCCCCGACGCCACCGGCGGCGCGUUACAGCUGGACGCCUGCUUCGUCAGGUACGACAACGCCACGUUCCUGGGCGUCCAGGACAAGAGCGUGGUGAUGAAGAAGUGCGGCGCGUCGCUCGGUUACGGCCCCGGCGCGUCGGCCAGGAGGGACGCCGUGCUGGACUACGUGGCGGGUAGCGGCGGGAGUGGUGGGUCGGCGUACUACAAGGCGUAUAGGGUGGGCGGGUCCGGGGAUGUGUACGCGGUGGCGCAGUGCGUGCAGGACUUGAGCGGGAGCCAGUGUCAGGAUUGUGUGUCGGAGGCGGUGGGGCUGCUCAAAUCCAACUGCGCCGCCGCCGCCUGGGGUGACGUUUUCUUGGGGAAGUGCUACGCGCGGUUCUCGGAAGGUGGCGCUCACUCGGGCUCCGGAGGCCACGGUAACAAGGACGAGAAAGGUGAGAACAACGAUGACGAGAUCGAGAAGACGCUGGCGAUAUUAAUCGGUCUAAUUGCCGGGGUUGCCCUCCUCAUUGUCUUUCUCUCCUUCAUCGCAAAGCUCUGCGCAAAGGGCAAAGGUACACAAAACAACCACCACCCCACGUACUACUUUUUUCUCUCUCAUAUUCUUCCUUAUCUUUGCUUUUCUCAAAUAUGCUCCCUUUCCCUUUCUCUUUGAAUUUCUACACCAAACAAACUGCUCCUGAAGUAGGAUUCCAAGUCAACAUGCAUGUACAUAUGUAAAACCCCACAUUUGCUUUUCGAAAUGGGUAAUUAGUACCCUUCAUCAUGCAAUUAAGGAUAGAAUAUCGAUAUGAUUAGCUUAGCUUAUCUGGAAAUGUUGUUGUCAUGUUCUAGUCAAAAUUGCUUUUCUUCUAACAAAAUUUGAUUAGAAAGUUGUCCCAAGAAAUCACCUUUGCGGGUACGACGAUUAUUGUAACCCAUAUAUUAAACUAAAAGACACUUGCUUUAAUUUGAAGGUAAAUCCAAUCCAAAUGAGUUGAUGGGCUUCCCCACUGAUCACAAAUUAAAAGAAAACUAAUCCUGCUUUUGCUGCUUUCCAAGUUGUAUUUUGAUGCAUUGCAGUAAAAAUGUGACCUUUUCUACCAAAGCCCCCUUUGAGAAUCCCACUAUAGGAAAGAAGAUGGGAAAAAGGCAACCCAAAAAGAAAGAAAGCUGCCCAUCUCCAUAACAAUAUUCUUGCACUAAAGACUAAACGUAACUGCCCUUUUCUUCUAAUGCAGGUGGGAAAUAGCAGAAGAUGUACAAUCUAGGAAAUUGCGGUUGCCCAUUGAACUACUAGCUACUCUAUCUCUCUCUAUCUAUCUCACUUAUGAUGAUGACAUGCCUUAGUUCCUCCGGCAAGGCAACUUGUUAGAGGCCUUUUUGUGGAGGUGCCACAUUUGCUUCAACAAUUCCCUUGUUAGUUUGGGCACUACUACUGCCGGCCUGACCUCUAAUGUUGGCUUGGUUGGUAUGUAAGUUUCCUUUCACAUCAUAAUUAUUCAUGGAACAAGACUGGACAACAAGAUCGAUAUUUGGAUCGUGUACAUGCAUACAUCUAUAUAUACAUCUAUAUAUAUUAGGCUCAAACCGUACUUUGUCACGGGCUAUUCAACCAUUGUGUCGUCGUAGUUGACCGUUGGGAUUUAAUUCAUUUUUAGUGAUUUAUUUAAGAUGAUAAUUGUUUACUUCUUUUUUUAUAGAAAAACGAGGACUGUUUAUUUGAUAUGUGUAUACCUAUCCAAACAUUUCAUGCAUAAUUGUUGAAAAGUCUAGCCCGACCAGGUGGAAAAGAAAAACUCUAGAGAGAAGCAAAAGGAAUACAAACUGGAUGUUGCUUAAAAUUUCACGCCUUCAAAUCUCAUAGGGGAAAAUGACGAUCUUAUAAUAAUUAGAAAACCAUGUUUUUUUUUUAAUUGGACUCGGCAUUGAGCUGAAAAAGUUAGUGGUUCAUGAUUCAGUUAUUAAUUUUAUAGACUAUUGGUGAGUCGUGUAUGGAACCGUUCAUACUUGUGAAUUAGAAUACAUAUAAAUAGUAUACUAGUUAGGGUUGGACGAAGAAGGCAAAUAAUGAAAUAAAGACAAGUAAUGGAA